AUGGUGUGCAGUGUACCAGGGAUUGUCUUGGCCUUGGGCCAGCAUUGCAAGAUCACAGGCAUUGCUGAAAGGCAUUACCUAUUUUUUGUGGAUGAAAAUGAACAGCCCAGAACUAAGGAUGAGCAAACUGACUCUGACAAUCAGCAGUGCAGUCCUGAACUCGCAGGUCCUGAUGUUUAUGAAGCUGGUAUUGACAUUCUAUCCAGCAGUUUCUCCAGUAAUGUUUCUCACAGGAAAAGAUCAAAACCAGUGUCCAAAAUACAAUCUACUGAAAGCAAAGCUCAACACUAUCAGAUUGCCAUUACAAUCAUUGAGGGACGACAAUUAACUGGGGAAAAUAUCGACCCGAUGGUGAUAAUUGAAGUUGGGGACGAGAAAAAACAAACAACAGUGAAAGAAGGAACGAAUUCCCCUUUUUACAAUGAGUACUUUGUUUUUGAUUACAUUGGUCCAGUGGAGAUACUGUUUGACAGAAUCAUUAAACUUUCGGUCUGGCAUUCCAAACUGAUCCGUGGAACGCAGAUUGGAGCAUUUAAAGUGGAUGUUGGAACAGUUUAUAAUGAGCCAGGGCAUCUUUUCAGCAAGAAGUGGGCACCGCUUAUCAAUCCCAAUGAUAUCAACACUGGGGUGAAGGGUUACCUUCAAUGUGACAUUUCUGUGACUGGGAAAGGCGAUGGGAUCCAAGUGCCCCAGAAAACCAGCCAGGCGGCUGAGGAAGAAAUUGAAAAGAAUCUUCUCAUUCCGGUGGGGCUUCCAACAGACAGGCCGUGGGCACGCUUUUUUGUCAAAAUUUACAAAGCUCAGGGACUUCCGAAGAUGAACUCGAGCCUUGUGGCAAAUGUAACAAAAGCAUUCAUGGGAGACAAGAAGGAUUUUGUGGACCCAUAUGUCGCGGUCACCUUCUUUGGUCAAAGGGGUCGAACAUCUGUGCAGAAAAGCUGUGCUGAGCCCGUCUGGAAUGAACAAAUAAUUUUCAAAGAAAUGUUUCCCCCGCUCUGCCGGCGAGUCAAAAUUCAGGUGUGGGAUGAGGGAAAUGUCAAUGAUGUUGUCAUUGGAACUCAUUACAUUGACCUGAAGAAAAUAUCAAAUGAACAGGAUGGGGAUAAAGGAUUUUUGCCAACUUUUGGACCAGCAUGGAUCAACCUAUAUGGCUCAACUGGCAAUUAUACCUUUAUGGAUGAUAAUCAGGAGCUCAACGAGGGUUUUCGAGAAGGUGUGUCGUUCAGGGGCCGUCUCCUGAUUGAAAUUGUGGUGGAGAUUCUGUCAGUGGGUUCUUCUGAAAAGACAAACCCUUCUGAAGUUGAAGUGGAACCAGUAGAGCCUUGUACAUGGAUCGACGAAGAAACUGUCCAGGGUUUUCUUCUGUUCGGCACCUUUUUUGAGGCAACGAUGAUUGACAGGAAACUUGGUGAAAAGCCAAUCAGUUUUGAGAUAUCUUUAGGGAAUUACGGAAAUGUUAUGGAUAAAGCUACUCCGUCUCCUUCAAGCAAAAAGCGACCACUGGUUGCAAGUGAGGAAGAAUCAGCAUCUCUACUGCAUGCCAUUGGAUCAGAUCAAACCCUUGAGUCUGACAGUCCAGCUACCAAACCUGUGAAGCCUCUGCUAACAGAGGGCAAUAGGAAUUACUACUACUUGCCAUUCAACAACAGGAAACUGUGCGUCUUUGUCAAGAGUUACUGGGAGGACCAAAUUUUUCGGUUGCAUAUUUCCAACUUCCUGGACAAAAUCGCUGACAGGCUUGAAGAAGGGUUGGACGAAAUCAAAGAAUGCAUGAAGGCUUCUGAUUCUAGAAUGGAGAAGAAGGCAAAAGAUGUCCUGAGUGAAUUUAUAGCCAGAUGCAGACAUUUUGCCACCUUUGGACAGAUGGAUGGAAUUCAUCAGACACUGCUUGAUAAGAAACGACUUACCAUGUGCAGUCUGGAACUGGAGCUAAUGUCCCAGGAAGCCAGGGUAAUUGUUCAGGAAAAGAAGAAAAUAUCCUCGAAUGAGCAGCUGCGUGCGAUCCAGAGCUGCGUCCAGAGACUGCGAUUCCUUGCGGAUGAGCCACAACACACCAUUCCGGAUGUGUUUAUUUGGAUGCUCAGCGGUAACAAGAAAGUUGCAUAUGCACGGAUUCCAGCUAAAGACAUCUUGUUUUCUGAGAAAGAGGAUGAGAAAGGAAAGGACUGUGGAAAAAUUAAGACGUUCUUUCUAAAAUUACCAGGCAAACAUAUUAUGGGCUGGACCAUGCAAGCAAAGGUGGAUCUUUACCUGUGGCUGGGUUUGAUGAGACAUGCAGAUAGUAUUUUGGCAAACUUACCCAAUGGAUUUGAACCAGAAAUUCCAGUACCAGGCACUGACCUUCAGAUUUCCAUACCUCUCAGUGUUCUUUAUAAAGAUCAGCAUCUGUUUCAGCUAAGAUGCCACAUGUAUCAGGCGAGAGGACUUCUGCCUGCUGACAGUAGUGGUCUUUCAGAUCCUUUUGCUAAAGUGACAUUUGUUUCACAAUGUCAGACUACUAAGGUUAUCGCUAACACAUUAUCCCCUACAUGGAACCAGAUGCUCUUGUUCAAUAACAUCCAGCUUUGUGGUGAAGUAACGGAAAUAAAGGAGGAUCCUCCACUUGUGGUUAUUGAAGUUUAUGAUCAAGAUGCUGUUGGUAAAGCAGAGUACCUUGGCAGCACAGUGGCUCUUCCAGUUGUGCAGCUGGUUGGGCAGGCUUAUACUCCCCCUGUGCUUCAAUAUUACCCAAUGUACUGCGGCAGUGUACCUGGGGGCGAGCUUCUUGUGGCUUUUGAGCUCCUGCAGCUUCCUGGUCCAGAAGGUGAAGGCCUUCCUCCUGUUGAUGAACCAGAUGCAAAUCAGGUUUUGCCGGUGCCAGUCAACAUCCGUCCUCUCUUGAGCAAGUACAAGGUGGAGGUGUUUUUCUGGGGUCUUCGAGAGCUCAAACGAGUGCAACUUCUCACUGUGGAUCGUCCUCAAGUUUUCAUUGAAUGUUCUGGGACGGUCAUCAAAUCUGCUAUCAUUCAGAGUUACAAGAAAAAUCCCAAUUUUACAGUGCAAACAGAGGGUUUCAUAGUGGAAUUACCUGAGAAUGAACACCUACACUCAUCACUCUGCAUUUCUGUUGUUGAUUGGAGGGCAUUUGGCCGAAGCACUUUUGUUGGAACACACACAAUCAACUCACUGAAGCAGUAUAUCUGCAAACCUUCUCGGCGUCGCCAACCAAUGCUUAAAAGGACAAGAAAUACAACUGAUACUGCUGGUGCAAUACAAAUGGAACCUGAGAGACUGGAAAGCAGUAUGUAUGUAAGCAUUGACUUAGAAAAUCUCUCUGGAUCAACACAGUCGGGUACUUUCCAACUUUCUAUGAAAAGGAGAUUGUCACGAAAGUUUACUUCACGGAGGAAGAAGUCCUCCAUUGAUGACAGUGAAAAUGUUGUAGACUGGUGGUCAAAGUAUUACAGUUCUGUGGAAAAAGCUCAAAAGGUAAAACUGAAAGAUUCAAGCUCCAAACAACACACCAAGAGAAAUGAGAAUGUAUUGGACUUACCUGGCGCUUUUCUCCCCUUCGACGAUGAUGAUGGUGGGAAGAAGAAGAAAGAUAAAUUACUCCAUUUCAGGAAAAUGCAGAAUUCUUGUUUAGCAACGCUAGAGAUAUAUGAAAAUGAAUUAGAAGAAAAAUUUGAUAACUUUAAUGAUUGGGUGCAAACGUUUGACCUCUUUCGUGGCAAGGCAAGUGAAGAUGACACCAGUGCAGAUGAUGAAAGAAUUGUUGGAAAGUUUAAGGGUUCAUUCUUUUUGUGGAAAUGCAAUGAUGAUCCUGGUACAGACGGACAAUGCAUGAUACCACAUGGAAUGCCAUCCAACGCCCCUGUUAAAGUCUUAAUCCGAGUCUACAUUGUAGCAGCUACCAAUCUGCAUCCAGCAGAUCUUGAUGGAAAAGCUGAUCCGUACAUUGUACUGCAGCUCGGAAAGACUGAAAUUAAGGAUCGUGACAAUUACAUCCCUAAACAGUUGAAUCCACUGUUUGGAAGGUCCUAUGAGAUUGAGGCUACCUUCCCAAUGGACUCCCUGCUCACAAUAGCAAUUUAUGACUUUGACAUGGUUGGGACAGAUGAUUUGAUUGGAGAAACUAAGAUUGAUCUGGAGAACCGCUUUUACAGCAAGCAUAGAGCUACCUGUGGAUUACCCUGUAGAUAUGACAUAGAAGGUUACAAUGCCUGGCGUGAUUCCAUGAAACCAACAGAGAUCCUGACCAGGAUGUGUAGGGAAAAUGGCUUGCAAGGACCCUUUUAUAAAAUGGGAGAGAUUGAAGUGCAAGGAAAAGUCUUCGUGGGCCAAACAACCUUUAUGGAGGACGGUGAACUGGAGGUGUCCCAUGAACACCUAGCUUUAAAGGUGCUAAGGCAGUGGUCAACACUUCCUGGAACUGGAUAUAAAUUGGUUCCUGAACACAUUGAGAUGAGGCCCCUCUACCACCCUGACAGGCCAGGCAUUGAACAGGGCCGAGUUCAGAUGUGGGUGGACAUGUUCCCAAUGGAUAUGCCUCCUCCUGGGCCACCUGUUGAUAUUUCCCCUCGCAAGCCUAAAGGGUAUGAACUAAGAAUAAUUAUUUGGAAUACUGAAGAUGUUGUAUUGGAAGAUGAGAAUUUUAUUACUGGUCAAAAAUCAAGUGACAUCUAUAUCAAGGGUUGGCUAAAAGGAAAAGAAGAAGAUAAGAAAGAAACAGACGUACACUACAACUCUUUGACUGGGGAGGGAAAUUUCAAUUGGCGUUUUAUCUUUCCUUUUGACUACUUACCUGCGGAGAGACUGAUGGUUAUAAGCAAGAGACAUUCCAGUUUCUCUUUGCAAAAGACUGAACGCAAAGUCCCUGCAGUCCUUAUACUUCAGGUCUGGGAUUUUGAGAGGCUUUCUUCUGAUGACUUUCUAGGGUCUGUGGAGCUUGAUCUGAAUGGAUUCCCCAGUGGUGCAAAAUCAGCCAAGAAAUGUGGCUUGUACAUGCUCGAAGAGGACUCUCAGACAAAACUUAUCUCAAUCUUUCAGCAGAAGCGUCAGCGGGGUUGGUGGCCUUUGGAAAAGUCAGGAGAACUCACAGGCAAGGUUGAAGCUGAAUUCCAUCUGCUCACUGCCGAAGAAGCCGAGAAGAAUCCAGUUGGCAGUGGUCGUAAAGAACCAGAGCCUUUGGAGAAACCCAACCGUCCUGAUACCUCAUUCACAUGGUUUAUGAAACCUUUCAAAUGCAUCUAUUAUCUGAUCUGGAAGAACUACAAGAAGUACAUCAUUAUUGGGCUCAUUUUGCUAAUUGUAACUUUGUUUAUUGUAUUGCUGAUCUACACACUGCCUGCUGCAAUCAGUACAAGGAUAUUGAAUGGAUGA